AUGAGUGUCAACGAUGACGAUCAUCAAGAACUUGAUGAACUCGACACACUUUCACUCACAGAUUUCCCCCUAACAAGUGACCAAGAUCAUGAUCAUCAUCCGAACGUUCCAUCAUCACCGGUACCAGAAGAUUUAUUCGAGUUUUGUAGCGGCAGAUCAUUAGGGUUUUCUGAAGAUCCCAGGAUGUCCCAUGCAGAAGAUAUGUUCUCCGGUGGGAAGCUCAUACCGAUCAACAAUCAAAACCGUAAAGAGAAACACAUUAACCGCAGGCGAUCCGAGUCAAUGCACGAGUUAAAGAGCAGCACAAACAAAACAACAGCAAGUCAACUCGUGAGAAACAGCCACUCUUUGGAUUACAAGAAGCUUAACCGAAACUCGAGGUUGAACUAUGAACCGACAGCGGAGAUCCACCGUAACAACCCGAGUAAUAAAACGUCGUCUUCGAGGUGGUCGGAUAUUGUGUUUGGGCCAUUAAAAGGGCCCCCGGAGAUGGAUCUCCGGGACAUUAGGAACAGGCAGGUUGUUAAUACGUCGAAGUCGAUGUUCGCUAAGGUUGAGUCGAGUAACAGGUUUGCGGUCAACCACCGGGCGGGUUGUCACCGGAAAAGUUCAUGGGGAGUGCUUGGGAUACUUAGCUGCAAAAGCUCCGGCAGUGUUGCCGUGAACAUGCCGUUAAGUUAUGAAAAGUUGAGUUUAAAGAAUUGA